AUGUCGUUUCUACUGCGCUUAGCCGCUGCCCGCCGCGUGCUCCGCCCCUCGGCGAUAGCCGCCUCAGCAUUCACGGCCGGUAACGUCUGGUCCACUCGCGUCCGCAACAACCAGCACAAGAGCAGCACCGAUGCCGUUCAAACGGCUGCGUUGGACCUCCGUCGCCUGGCCGUGAUCGGCGGCGGCAAUAUGGCUGAAGCCAUGAUCACGGGUGUGCUCUCGAACGGACUCAUUCCCAGCUCGAAGGUCGUUGUGUCGGACCCGAACCCUGCCAUGCGCACCAAGUACGCGCCGCUGCACGUGGAGACGCACACGCGCAACAGCUCGGCCGUGAACGGCGCAGACGUGAUCUUGGUAGCGGUCAAGCCUCAAGUCGCCAACGACGUGCUGCGAGCUGUUAAGGCGUCCAUGGACCCCGGAGCGUUGCUCAUCUCUGUCGUGGCGGGACUAAGCAUCAAGCAGCUGCAAGCGCUGCUGGGACAGAAUAGCCACAUCAUUCGCACGAUGCCCAACACGCCGGCUAUGAUUGGAGAGGGCACGACGGUGUGGGCUCAGUCGGCCGAGGUGACAAGUGCGCAGCAUGAACUCACCAAGCAGAUCCUUGGAUCGUUUGGCGUGGAGGUGUUUGUGGACGACGAGAAUGCACUGGAUAUGGCGACGGCGCUGUCUGGAUCCGGACCUGCCUACUUUUUCCUCGUGGCCGAGGCAAUGAUUGACACGGGCGUGCACAUGGGCUUCUCUCGACCAGUGGCCACAAAACUAGUGCAGCAAACGAUGCUCGGGUCUGCCAUGUACAUGCAAGCAGAGGACGCGCACCCAGUCGAGCUGCGGAACAACAUCACGAGUCCUGGCGGAACCACUGCAGCCGGUCUCUACCGCGCCGAGAAGAACGGGUUCCGUGCUGUGAUCGCCGACGCCAUCUGGGCCGCGUACGAGCGGUGCCUCGAACUUGGCUCGACCGAGCCGGUUCAGCGCCAGCGUCCGCGCUCGUAA